CUCCCCUCCUGUUCUGCUUCUUCACACGUCCAUGCAAUCUGUCGUAGCGUGCAGACUCCUGCUCCCUCUCAUACCUUAUAUUCGCUCAUCAAGCACAGCUUCCCCAUUUGCACACACCUUCUUCGCCUGAUCGACAGCUAUCUCGAUCUGCGCCUCCCGCGGCGAUCCGCUUGCGAUUGCCCAUCCAUCAUUGCACCGCCACAUUUCGAAAGCUUGUAUCGAUCUCCGAUGUCUAUGUACGGUGCACGUGUGAUGAGAGGAUUGCGGAGACUUUGAGCUUGUAUCGAGCUGCAUUGACCGCUGCUGCCUUGCUGGGCGUUUACACCGACCAAGAAGAGGCUACCAAGCCAGCCGCGGAAGCAUCAGGUGCGGUCAAACCUUGCCGUAAGACCUCGAGCCCGCGCGGCGGCGGCGGCCCUAUACCAAGAUGUCCACCCCCGACGAGCAACAGACUCCGCUUGACUCACCCUCACCACCCAUGUCACCCGAAGAGACCGUAUCCUCACCCCUAGGCAGUUCCACCUCUCCGCGGCCGCCUUCGAGACCGACACAUGCAGCAUCCGAGAUGUCUACCUCCACCGUGUCCAGUAUGACUGCCUCUUCUCAACCACUUGGCAAUCUCAAUGCAGCCAGACGACCUGGAGGUGCACCUCUCCCAGCAGCAAAAGGUGGUAUGAACAACCCAGAUAUUGCUGCCCGAAUGCGGGCUUUCCACAUAUCACGACAAAACACCCCGUCACAAGUACCAACCCGAGGUACACCUUCUAAUGGCACCGACUCCACGGCAUCCACUCCGCCGGUGGCUGGCUUCCCAUCGGGUUUCAAGCUCCCACCGCACAUGCAAAGACCGGCACCACAUGGCUCCGUCUCGUCUCCGGCAGUACCCGGGAGUAAGCCUCCCGGCAAAGGUCCGUCGCUAGCGGAGAAGCGAGGCCUGAGACUGCCCGGCGGUUUACCAGGUGCCCCUGCUUCACCCAACCCAGCUGCUCCCGGCGCGCCUGCAGGCAGGCAAAAGCCGAAGAUGACGCUUUCAUCAAUGGGCGGCGGAGAGGCAAAUGGUGGGCCUAAUGGAGCGGCUGAGGAGAAGCCGAAAGAACAGAGCCAGCUGGACAAGUACUCCGAGUUCAUUGACACUAAGAAUGGCGCGCUCACUUUCAAGGGCAAAGCCACGGUCAAUGCGGAAGGAAUCAAUUUCACUUCAGGCAAGACCUUCUCUAUCAGCUUGGACGAAGUCGACACGCUCGAUGAGCUGGGCAAGGGCAACUACGGAACAGUCUACAAAGUUCGGCAUUCAAGACCCAAGUUCCGCCGUGCAGGCCAAGGCCUCGCCGGUAACAAGGCUAUUCGCCCAACCGACCGGAACUCAGAGGACGAGGUCAACUCACCUAACUCUCCGACUUCGGCAGGAGGCAACAAGGAUGGUACCAGCGGCAUCAUUAUGGCGAUGAAGGAGAUGCGGCUCGAAUUAGACGAUGCCAAGUUUCAAUCAAUCAUCAUGGAGCUGGAUAUCUUACAUCGCUGCAUCAGUCCCUACAUCAUCGAUUUCUAUGGCGCUUUCUUCCAAGAAGGCGCAGUAUAUAUUUGCAUCGAGUUCAUGGACGGAGGUAGCAUGGACAAAAUCUAUGGCGACGGUGUUCCGGAAUCCAUCCUGCGGAAGAUGACGCUUGCGACGACGCUGGGCUUGAAGAGCCUAAAGGAGGAGCAUAAUAUCAUCCACCGAGAUGUCAAGCCCACGAACAUCCUGGUGAAUACCAAAGGCCAGUUCAAGAUCUGCGAUUUCGGCGUGAGUGGGAACCUAGUGGCGAGUAUUGCCAAGACGAACAUUGGCUGUCAGUCGUACAUGGCUCCCGAGCGAAUAAGCAGUGGCGGGAUGGCGCAGGCUGGUGCUGGAGCCGGGACUUACAGUGUGCAGAGUGAUAUUUGGAGUUUGGGAUUGACGAUCAUUGAGUGUGCAUUGGGCCGGUAUCCGUACCCGCCGGAAACAUACGACAACAUCUUCUCGCAACUAUCCGCAAUCGUAGACGGCGAACCUCCCGAUCUCCCCUCACAGAAGUUCUCCGAAGCCGCCCGUAACUUCGUAGCGGGCUGUCUCAACAAAAUACCGAAACUUCGGCCUACCUACCCAAUGCUGUUGCAGCACGCUUGGCUGGCUCCAAUGAUCAAGCCCGAAACGAUCAUGGAGGAAGAUGAAGAGGCUGCUGAGGCCGAAGCGGCGAAUGGCUCGGCAAACUUUGGUGUCGAGGAGACGACCAAUGGCAACAGUACUUCUGAGGGAGUGGUGGACCGAGAGGUCGCCGAUUGGGUUAUUGACGCGCUGGAGAAGAGGAAGAAGGGUACUCUGGGAAAGAGCGCGAAGCCGGCGCUGCAUGCGGCGCCUUUGGAUGCUACGGUGGGGAAUGGGUCGGGUGUACAGCCGGUGGCGGUAUGAUGUAACCACAUGUUAGCCUGGCCUUGAGGGGAGUUGCCAGGACUGGUGGAUUUCCAGCGACUUGGACGUGAAUGUCACUCGGAAGAGCGGAACAUGUCCAUACAUAAGCGUUUCGAGCUACACGAGGCUUAGAAACGAGUAUAAUGAUGGUAUGAUAGUGUAUAUACGCUGUGGGCGUUGACGUUGCGGCCGUGUGGCACGCUGCAGAGCUGAAGGAUAUGUAUCUCGGUGUUAGCAAGGUCAACGCCCAGUUUCAGUGCUACUGCGAGCCCUGCAUUCUACCUGCCGGAGGAUUCUGAU